AUGUCGGCCGCCGGUGGAGGAAACAUCAAAGUCGUGGUGCGCGUGCGGCCCUUCAACUCGCGCGAGAUCGAUCGCAAGGCAAAAUGCAUCGUGUCUAUGAAAGACAGCCAGACGGUGCUCACGCCGGCACCGCCAGAUGGGAAGAGCAAGGCACCGGUCAAGGCCGCUUUGGAGGGCAGCAAGACGUUCGCCUUCGACAAGUCAUACUGGUCCUUCAACCGCAAGGACUCCAACUUCGCAGGCCAGGAUGCUGUCUUCACAGAUCUGGGCAGACCGUUGCUCGACAAUGCGUUUCAGGGCUACAACAACUGCAUCUUCGCCUAUGGACAGACUGGCUCAGGCAAGAGCUACAGCAUGAUGGGCUACGGCGAGGAAGAAGGUGUCAUACCGCGCAUCUGUAGAGACAUGUUCGAACGGAUCGAGGGACUUCAGUCGCAGGACAAGAAUACGAGUGCCACUGUUGAGGUAUCCUAUCUCGAGAUCUACAACGAGCGCGUUCGUGAUCUGCUCAAUCCUAGCAACAAAGGCAACUUGAAAGUGCGAGAGCAUCCCUCCACCGGUCCGUAUGUUGAGGAUCUGGCGAAGCUGGUCGUCCGUAACUUCUCCGAGAUCGACAACCUCAUGGACGAAGGCAACAAGGCCAGAACUGUUGCUGCGACAAACAUGAAUGAGACAUCCUCGCGAUCACAUGCUGUCUUCACGCUCAUCCUGACUCAAAAGCGUCACGAUGUUGAGACAAACAUGGACACAGAAAAGGUGGCCAAAAUCAGUCUGGUCGAUCUUGCUGGUUCGGAACGAGCGACCAGCACCGGAGCAACUGGAGCCAGACUGAAGGAGGGUGCUGAGAUCAACAGAUCCUUGUCCACACUUGGUAGAGUGAUAGCAGCACUGGCAGAUAUGAGCACGGCCAAAGCAAAAUCAAAAGGACUACAAGUACCAUAUCGUGACUCUGUUCUGACCUGGCUACUCAAGGACAGCUUAGGCGGAAACAGUCUCACGGCCAUGAUUGCCGCGAUCUCUCCUGCUGACAUCAACUUCGAAGAGACUCUUUCGACACUGCGGUAUGCAGACUCUGCGAAGCGCAUCAAGAACCAUGCUGUUGUCAACGAAGAUCCAAAUGCUCGCAUGAUCCGCGAGCUAAAGGAAGAACUGUCUCAACUACGUUCCAAGCUGGCUACUGGUGGAGGUGUCGCGGAAGAGCAGUACAGCGCCGACACGCCGCUCGAGAAGCAGAUCGUCAGCUUCACAAACGCGGAUGGCACAGUGAAGAAAGUCUCCAAAGCAGAAAUCCAGGAGCAAUUGUCGCAAUCAGAGAAGCUCUACAAAGAUCUCAAUCAGACGUGGGAGGAGAAGCUUACCAUGACAGAGCAGAUCCACAAAGAGCGCGAAGCUGCACUCGAAGAACUUGGUAUCAGCAUCGAGAAGGGGUUUGUUGGCUUGAGCACACCGAAGAAGAUGCCGCAUCUGGUGAACCUGAGCGACGAUCCGCUGCUUGCCGAAUGUCUAGUCUACAAUCUCAAACCUGGAACCACAACCGUAGGCAAUGUGGACACGAACGCACAGGACGGCGGAGGCGAGACCAACGGCCAGAGCUUGGUUGACAUCCGACUCAAUGGGUCAAAGAUUUUGCAUGAUCACUGCACAUUCGAGAAUGUUGAUGGCGUGGUGACUGUUGUGCCCAAAGACGGUGCUGCGAUCAUGGUCAACGGUAUCCGCAUCGAGGCGCCUAAGAGGCUGCGAUCCGGUUAUCGCGUGAUUCUGGGCGACUUCCACAUCUUCCGCUUCAAUCACCCUCAAGAAGCUCGUGAAGAAAGGGCCGAACAAGGCAGCAUGUUGAAGUAUUCUAUCACAGCUGAUCAACUCGACACGCCGUCUCGUAGGGCUGGACAUGAGCGAACCGAGAGCAGUGUCAGCCGCCCUUUGUCUGAUAUCGAUGGCGAACUGGGAAGUCCAGGAACAGAAUCUCCCACACCUUGGCGCACUCAAGGACAAGACAGUGAUUGGGCUUUCGCACGACGUGAAGCCAUUUCUUCCUCGCUUGGUCCUGAUCAGAAAGUCUCAGACCUUACAGACGACCAACUUGAUGUCUUGUUCGAAGACUUGCAGCGCGUACGUGCUGUUCGCAAAGCAAGACCGGACAGCAGAAUCUUUGACAUCAGUGGAGCAGAUACUGAUACCGAGUCUGUGUCCUCGCAUCCUGUGCGUGAGAAGUACUUGAGCAAUGGUACUCUGGACAAUUUCAGCUUAGACACAGCAUUAACAAUUCCAUCCACGCCACAACACUCCGAGGACGAGGAACGACUCAAACAGGCAAAAGAUGAGAUGGAGGAUCAGCUCGAAAAACAGAAAGAAGACUAUCAGCAUAAGCUACAGAAUGCAGAAGAGGGAAGUUUCGAAAUCGAAGAGCUUCGUACAGAGAAGGUGAAGAUGGAAGCCUCGCUGCAGGAGAUGAAGGAGCAGAUGCAAAAACUGCUCUCUGAGCAGAAGGUCGCAUUCGAACGUCAGCUUCGUGCACUCAAAGCACCUCCCAAGCCUCGGCGAAAAAGCCACGGUAAGCUGGCACUUGACGAGCGAGAAAUAUACCUGGCGAAGUACGUAUUGGAACACUGGAGACAUCACCGAUAUGUGGCGCUUGCCGCUGCCGUGCUCAAGAAUGCCUCGACACUCAAGGAAGCUCAGGUCAUGAGUCAACAGAUGGAACGCAGUGUUGUCUUCCAGUUCACAGUUGCGGACGCUGGCCAUACUUUCGGUUCGUCUUAUGAUCUUGUCCUCAACGGCGUGUCGGCAGAGGAAAGCAAUGAUCCGAAUCUCCAUGACAGUAUCAAACCGUGCCUCGCUAUUCGGGUCAUCGACUUUGGCAACAGCGUCGUCCAUCUCUGGUCAAUUGAGAAAUUGCACAAGCGGGUCAGAGCCAUGCGACAAAUGCUUCAAUACCUCGACCGACCAGAGUACAUGCAGCACUUCCACGUGGGGAACCCUUUCGAUGAAGACUGCAUGCCACAAUACACUCGUGUAGGAGAUGCCGACAUUCCUCUUGCAGCGGUGUUUGAGUGUCGAGUCCAAGACUUCACCUUGGACGUGUACUCGCCAUACACCUGCAGCAUUGUUGGUGUCGUGCACCUGUCGCUUGAGCCGAGCUCAGCGGAGGCUCCAAGUAGUACUCUGAAGUUCAACGUUGUGAUGCACGACCUCAUCGGCUUCGCUGAGAGAGAAGGCACGAAUGUGCACGCUCAGCUCUUCAUCCCCGGCGUGUCAGAAGAGGGUGGCGCAACAACUACCUCGCUGGUAUCAGGUUUCGGCGAGAGUGCUGUGCGGUUCGAGAGCGUACAUAGCAUGAGCCUUCCACUGUCAGCACCACAAGAUGCAAGUCUGAGGGUCAGCAUCUUCGCUGAAGUGACAUCAAUGCAUCUCGAUAAACUCCUUAGUUGGGACGACAUGCGAGAUGCUUCCAAGGCAGCCAACAUCCGACCGAAGAACAAGCGUAAUCACUCAAGGAUCCCAGAACACGAGUACUACGCAGACGAACGUCACGAUGUCUUUGUCCGGGCUCAGAUUCUGGAAAUCAACGAGGACGGGAAUUACCAGCCGGUCGAAGUCGUGCAGGGCGACACUCUUGAUCAAGGCGCCUACCAGUUGCAUCAGGGCCUUCAAAGACGGGUCGUCUUGGGUCUGACACAUUAUUCCGGUAAAAGUCUACCGUGGAAAGAGGUCGACCGUCUGCAGGCUUGUGCUAUUCGCCUGCUUGAUAGUACCGGGAUGGUCACCGACUCAGACAGCAAUCAGCCAGACGUACCCUUGUCGCUGAUAUCCCCACCUGUGAUACGAAACAACGACGACGGCACCACCAACGUCAAGCUGACGGCUCAAUGGGACUCAAGCGCUCACGGCUCGCUGCUGCUUGAUCGACCCACCCUCGACAAGAACCGUGUGCAGCUCACGCUGAAAUGGCAGGUACACUCACCGCGUGUCACUCACCCGCUGAAGUUUGCUACCGAUAUUGCAAUGCAGACCCGGCCUCGUACGUGGUUCCGCCAGAACUCUCUGCUUGGUCAGUUCUUCCACAACCAACGUGUCGUGCACUCGACUGCCACGAACUAUACCGUAACCCUCAAGCCAAGCGCAGCCAAGCGUGCUGGCGAUCUAUGGAGGAUGGACACGACCGGGGAAUACAUCUCCGGCGAAGAGGUCCUAUCUAGCUGGGCGCCCAGGAGCGUCUCUCUAAUCCGCGACUACGUCAACCUCCGCAAACGGCAGAAACGCGUGGCAGAGAUCGAAUCCGCACGAGGCAUCUUAGGCUUUGGAGCACUUUCACCACCAGUCAAGGCCCAGCAAGACGAAAGCGCACCUUUCACCGAAAGCCAGCAAGCCCUCAUUCGCAAGACUCUCGAGCUGUGGCCCAAGGACUCUUCCGCUGGGGAGAUCAUGUUACUACGGUCCAACACCGAAUCCCCCGAGCUCGGAGCAGCAUUCACCAACGGCAACACCAAGACCAACGGCACCACCGACGAACCAGCUCCUCUAGCCGCCGUAAUCGAGGCCUGUCCCAAAUCUCCCAACGUCCUCAAAGCUGGCUGGCUCUUGUGUCCUGACGCCAGCGGCACGCAUUGGAUCAAGACAUAUGUGGAACUACGACGACCGUACCUACAUCUUUACAGCAAAGAAGGCGACGAGGUGAACGCCAUAAACUUGACAAACUCCCGCUUGGAUGCCGAUCCCGAGGUAGCGAAGCUGCUGCAACGACCGAACGUGAGGAUGGAAGUAUGGGCUAUUUAUUCCACCAAGGCGUGGUUAUUUGCUUGCAGGAAUGAUCAGGAGCGUGGCGAGUGGAUUUGGGCUGUUGAUAGGUCUUAUUUGUCUUGA